AUGGAUGCUCUCACCAGCAGCCCCCUUGGAUGGCUCUGCGCAGGGGUCACCGCGCUUUUUGGGGUGACUGUGCUCUAUGUGGCCAAGAGGAGCCCUGUGGAAAAAGCAAAUGUGCUGGUUUGGAGGGUCCUGCCUGCCUUGCUGGGGCUGCUGUGCAUGGCCACGCUGGGUGCUGGUAGGGGACUGGUGGUGUUUUGUGCCGCGUGCCUCAUCUUCUCCAUGUACCUGGGCAGCAGGGCACUGCUGCCCGUGGGUGACAAAGCUGUGCUUAUCACAGGAAGCGACACUGGGAUUGGACAUGCACUGGCUAAAUACCUGGAUAACUUGGGCUUUGUUGUAUUUGCUGGGGUUUUGAACAAGGACGGACCUGGAGCUGAGGAAUUGAGACGGACGUGUUCUCAGAGACUCUCUGUCCUGCAGCUGGAUAUAACCAAUGUCACCCAAAUCCAGGAAGCCUAUCUAGAAGUCUCAGAGAAGGUGCAAAAUACAGGACUCUGGGGAGUCGUGAACAACGCGGGCAUCCUGGGCUUCCCCGCUGAUGGCGAGCUGCUCCCCAUGAGCAUGUACAGGCAGUGCAUGGAGGUGAAUUUCUUCGGGGCUGUAGAGGUGUCCAAGAUCUUCUUACCAUUGCUUCGGAAAUCCCAGGGGAGACUAGUUAACAUGUCCAGCCUGGCAGGAGGCAUUCCACUACCAAGGCUUGCUGCGUAUGGUGCAUCGAAAGCAGCUCUGUCCAUGUUUUCUGGAGUAAUGAGGCAAGAGCUUUCCAAAUGGGGAAUUAAAGUUGCUGCAAUUCAUCCGUCAGGCUUCCGAACAGGUAUACAAGGCACAUUUGACCUGUGGGUUAAGCAAGAAAAGGAGCUGAUGGAGAACCUCCCAGCAGACACGAGGCAAGACUACGGAGAGGACUACCUCCUGGGGUUGAAGAGCUACUUCCAGCGCAUGCCCAUGUCCUGUGACGCUGACCUCUCCCCUGUGCUUACCGCUAUCCUGCACGCUUUGCUGGCCGAGAGACCGCACGGCUUGUACACCCCUGGCAAAGGGGCUUACAUGCUCCUCUGCAUCUUCUGCUACUUUCCUCUCUGGUUCUAUGACUUUUUCAUUAGUAAGAUGCUGAGUAGCGAGUCUGUCCCAAGGGCACUGGGAACAGAAGCUGAAAGCAAGAAUCUCUGA